AUGUUGAACUUUGCUACUGCAAGAGUUGGCAUCCUGGGAUACAAGUUCGAAAAUUUUGAGAUGUACAGUAACGGAAGGAGUGAAUCAACAUUCAAUUGUCUGCGAACUAUUGUUUUGGAACACCAGAAGCUAAUCAAAUACGUUGAAAAUGCCAAUGAAUCUUUGAAAUGGUACUUCUUCACAGAAUUCUUGUUCAAAUCUUAUCAUAUAACAGUAUCGCUUCUGACCAGUACAGAUUUGAGCCAGAGAAUAUUCAACAGUAACUGGUACGACCAAAGUUCUGAAGUGAAGAGGAGUCUGUUGAUUGUGAUGGCCAGAGUGCAAAGACCACUCGUACUCACUAUCGGCAAUUUUGCAGUGAUCGACAAUGAUUUGAUAGUUACCGUCAAUGGUCAAAGCGGCUUAUACGUUCGUAAUGUACCACAUAAUUUAGAAGUUGUCAAGGAAUGGGGAGUUUCUUUUUGAUGACUUUCCUACAGAUCAGUUCUUCACUGAUCAGCCUAAUGUUUCCUCGAUGUAGAAUGCUUUUCAGAUACACACAAAAAACUAUUUGAUGAAUCUAUUAUUUUUGCUCUUGCUUGGCUUCGCUAGAUGCUCCACCUCGCAAAUGCAAAAUUCGCUUGUGUCACUUUUCAAUCCUAAUAAAAAAAUCUACUAUACAUUCCCA